CUGUGAGAAGCUUGGUUCAAGGGGCAUAACUGUGUAUGGACUAUCUAUCAGAUUCAAUGUUUACAAAACAUCCAGGUCACUGACUCAUUUUUGUGCUGUCAAGUGGGGCUAACAACAGUCAUCGGUCUAGUCAGGAUAAUAGACCUCCCUCCGUAUUUCAUUCGAAAACACUUUUAUACAGGAAUACUUUGAUGACAAGAGAGUAAGGUAGACACUAAUCAUGGCACAUUUAAUGAGAAGAGUUUCGCAAUAUCCAGCACUUAAAGUUUGGCCGGGAUGUGUUCGUUUCAGAUCUACCGCGGAAGCAGGCUCGGUAAGGUACGAAUUCGCGUCUGCUAAACCCUUCAAUGACAUGCCUCAUAAGAAAGGAUAUCCUAUCAUCAACCAUAUGCCGGAAUAUAUUCGAAGGCCAGGGAAAGCACAUGAGAUAAUCAGUUCCCGACAUCAAGAACUUGGGCCAAUUUUCCGAGAAAAGAAUGGAGUGUACGACAGCGUGUUUAUGACGGACGUGGAGGCUUUGGGCGACUUUCUCCGCCAAGAGGGGAAAUAUCCAAUGCGGCCAAAGAUCCAGGUCUGGGACCAGUACAGAAAGGAUUCGGGGGAGGCAGAUGGCGUGCUUACUGCAGAUGGUCAGGAAUGGCAGCGCAUGCGCAGUGUGGUAGACAAGCCAAUGAUGAAGAUCAAGACGGUUGAGAGCUACGCUGACAGUUUCAACAUUGUAGCUGCCGAGUUUCUGGACAGAUUGGCAAGCAUCAGGGGCCCGGAUGGGGUUGUGGAACAUAUCGACGUGGAGCUCUUCAAUUGGUCACUAGAAUCUAUAUGCACGCUACUGUACAACAAACGAAUGGGGUGUUUAACUGACAACCGCAGCCCUGACAGUGAACAGUUUGUAAAGGCAGUUCGGUCUAUGCUUGAGACGACCAUUGAAAUCGCAGUCUUUCCCCCAUGGCUGGCCAAGAUUGUCCGACCAUCCAAGUACAGGGAAUUUACUCAUUCCUGGGACACAAUCUUCCGAGUUGCCCGACAGUGUGUGGACGAAGCUAUGGUUAAACUGAAGUCAAAGACCGUGGACGAGGAAGAGGUUGGCUUCCUGGAGUACCUGCUUCUGAAGGACACAAUUUCCACCAAAGAAAUCUACGCCAACGUCACAGAGUUAAAUACUGGGGCAGUCGACACGACGUCAAACACUAUACAGUUCAUCCUGUAUGAAAUCGCCAAGAACCCGGAUGUUCAGAAGAAGCUGAGGGAGGAGCUAGAGCUGUCGGUGCCCCCUGGGGAAAUGCCCACCCCCGCACAUCUCAGGUCCAUGCCCUACCUGAAGGCAGUUAUCAAGGAAACGCUCAGGUUGUACCCUGUUGGGAGCUUCGUCGGUCGAGUGGUCCCGGAUGAUAUUGUUGUCAUGGGAUACCAGGUGCCAAAAGGGAAAAUGAUAGCGUCGUCGUUAUAUGUCACUGGUCGACAUCCGUCAAUGUACGAUGACCCCUUGACCUUCCGCCCUGAACGCUGGAUGAGAGAAUCAAGAAAGGACGGCGAGAAACCUUCGGCAUUCUCACAUCUUCCGUUUGGCUUCGGACCAAGAAUGUGUCUAGGUCGACGUGUUGCGGAACUGGAAAUACAGCUGUUAAUUUCUCAGAUGUUACAGAGAUUUGAUCUGGUGCAAUGCGACCAGCCUCCGCCUGACCUUCUCCAGUUUGUGGUGACCAGACCAAAGGAUCCUGUCAAGGUGAAAUUCGUGGACAGACAACCUGCGACAGCCUGAUGACGUGGAGUUACAUACGUCACAGAGAAACAACAUUACAAUGGGGUCAAUGAAAUAAGAAUAUGAUCACAUGACCGGAGGAUGCAUCACACAUUGUGAUCACAUGACCGGAAGAUUCAUCAAAUAACAUUGUGAUUUGGAGCCCAUGUAUCCAUGACAACUCCAGGAUUCACUUAUCUGGACUUCCCAAAUCAUUCUAGACAUAGGUUGGCCUCCUUUUUCUAUUUAUUCUCUCUGGUCUAGGAGACAGACCAACCAAUCAUAAACGACUAUAGCCAAAUUCCCAAGACCUAAAGAUUCGAUUCCUCAAACUGCAAAAAUGUGUGAAGCCCAUUCUUAAGUAAAAGACAUAUGUUGUUACUAGUAUGUGUGUUUUUAAGCUGGUUUUAGGAAACGAAUGCGAUUUUCACAAAGUUGGUUGGUUUUGGUUGUUGGUCUGUAUCGAGGAAUUAGGAUAAUCUGCAUUACGUAGUAUAGACGUGCUUAUAUAAAUUAACAUAUGGCUUUAUCAUAAUAAUAGGGACUACGGAUGGCCCGGUUAUCUAAGGGUGGUUGGGUUGUUUGUUGUUUAACGCCGCACUCGGCAAUAUUCCAGCUAUAUGACGGCGGUCUGUAAAUAAUCGAGUCUGGACCAGACAAUCCAGUGAUUAAUAUCAUGAGCAUCGAUCCACGCAAUCGGG